CUCCAGAGCAGGAUUUAUUUAUGUAGUAUAUCAUCUUCUUGUUUUGCUUCCAUCUUUGCCUUUUUUCACUUGUUCCUCCCUCAAGAUUUGCUUAUGGGUGAUUGCCUAGCAAGCCGUAGAGAGAGAGAGAGAGAGAGAGAGAGAGAGAGAGAGAGAGACCGCUUCUCUUUAACUCGAUUCUGGGACAUCACAUCACACAGCAUUUGCCAUGUGCUGUUACUCCUAUGCAGCUCCAUCACUGGCUGCCAAGUCUCAGCAUAACCACUUGUUCUGCUCAAGAUUCGCUGCUUCACCCUGUCCUUUUUACCCCUGUUUGUUUAUAAUAUGCAGUUCUAGGAUGGGAGAUAGGGCCGCUUUGACUGUGUUGCUGGAUCUGCUCAUUUAUGCUCCUGUUUAUCUUCCCACUACCACUGAAUCGAAUCAAUCAAUCAAACCCCUUCCUUAAAACACCACCGUCCCUACUCUCCAUCCAGCCCUCAGCCCUUGCAGCAAUAGCUGCUGCCAUUUAUGUGUUGCUUUACUUCCUUUCAGCUAGUACUAGUACUAGUAAUGUUGGGUGGGUAGGCAUAGGUACACCAAUCUUCCCAUUAUUCCUCAACUUGAAUUGCUCUGUGCUUUCCUGGUUCAGCAAACGGCACUGCAUGCUUAUAUACUGUACUUCACUAUCCUUCCUGUGUUUUCUACUGGCCACUGGGUACAGUACUUGUGUAUUCAUUGUGAGCCUAUAAAGGAUUUGCGGUACACACUUGUUAGUACUAGUAGUUUGGAUUAAGCUAUCUACAAAGCUGGAACCUUUAUUGCAUUUGGUAGUUGGAGAGAUCCUUCUUUCCCUUUUGGUAGGAUAUAUAACCCAGGUUGUCUACCAGUGACUUAUCACCAUUUGCUCGCUUUUCAGUCCCACUUCUCUCCAGUCAUCCAUGUUUUUUUUUUAUCUCAAUACAAUGAUCGCCGUUUCUGAAUUGUGCUGAAUAAUGUGCAGCUGAUGUGCUUUGGGAGCUACGGCAAUGGCUUCGCUUGUGCCCGGGGUCCUCCUCAAGCUCCUUCAGCACAUGAACAGCGACGUCAAAGUCGCGGGCGAGCACCGGUCGUCCCUUCUUCAGGUCGUCAGCAUUGUUCCGGCGCUUGCUGGCAGCGAUCUCUUCACCAACCAGGGGUUCUACCUCAAGGUGUCUGAUUCCUCGCACGCGACCUACGUUUCCCUGCCGGAGGACCAGCAUGACCUCAUAUUGAGCGACACAAUUCAGCUGGGGCAGUUCAUCCAUGUAGACCGUCUUGAGGCCGCCACCCCGGUGCCUAUCUUGAGGGGAGUCAGGCCGGUUCCAGGCCGACAUGCGUGCGUCGGCACUCCCGAAGACCUUGUCAUGACUAGUUCCUCCAAGUUUCUUGGCGAAAAAAAGGCACAACCACCCGCCAACGGUUCCAAGGAUGCAGGGGCCUUGUCACUGGAGAAAGAGCAGAGCAAGUUGGAGAAACUAAAUGCUUCUGUGAAGAACAACGGGACAGAAACCAAGAAACCGCAGCUGACCAAGUCGAAUUCUUCGCUUUCGAAGCAAGCGCUGGCCAGUCUUUUCGACAAGAAGGAAGUGGUUAGCUCAAAGGUGAAGUCAAACAAUCCUAGGUCGACACCUUCAUCUCCUACCAGCGUACAUUCUCUACCUGCAUCAUUUGAAAGAUUCUCAAAUGGCAUGAAGCAGAGAACAAAAGUGAAAGGAGCAGACAAGUCAUCACCAUCAAAGUUAUCCUUGUUAGAAAAAGCAGCUUCUGUGUUGAAGGUUACUACAGCAGGGAGGAAGUCCUCUGCAGGCAACUCCCUUAGUAACACUCUGUUAAGUCUUGAAUCGGGACCAAAGGCGUUGAGAAGAAGCUGGGAAGGGAAGGCAGAUGCAAACGUCAAGGCCAAUUCAGAUUCAAAGGGAGCCAAAGCUGACAGGAAGUCUGAGAUUAGAAGCACAUCGACUCCUAGACGAAGACCGCCACCACCAGCAGAUGAGAAGCCCUCACACAAGGAUGAUACUAAGAUUCUGACUCCUCCAAGGAAGAGCACAGCAAGUGCUCCAUCAGAUGAUUCUGACCGACCGGUGAAUAAGCAUCUUUCUCCUAUAAGAAGGACAUCUGGGGUUUUAAGUAACACCAACAUUACAAAUUUAGUGAAGAUUGCUGCAAAUAGCAAAAAAUUGACGGACGCGAGCACUUCAUGGACGGCACUUCCUCCAUCACUUGCUAAAUUAGGAAAGGAGCUUCUCAAAUACAGGGAUGCCGCACAAAUGGCUGCGGUUGAAGCCAUGCAAGAAGCUUCUGCUGCAGAGAGCUUACUUCGAUGUUUAAGCUCGUAUGCCGAGGUGAGCUCGACGGCAGAGGAGCAGAACCCGCAGCUUGCCGUGGAGCAGUUCCUCGCUCUGCACUCAGCCAUGUCGCGUGCCACCGUCGUCGCUGACUCGCUUGCCAAGGCUGCCGCAGCGACCUCUACAGCGACUUCACCGGACCAGUCAACAGCGGGCGAAGCCGCGAGCAUCGACGAGGAAUCCCUUGCCGUUGCAGCGGAGCGCCGCCGCCGCGCAGCAUCCUGGGUGGGCGCCGGUCUCGCCACUGACCUCUCCGCCUUCUCCCUCUACAACCUCAGGCCGGCCCCCGCCAACACGUCCUCGCCGCUGGCCGUCGUGCUCGUCGACGAGUCGGUGAAGCCGGCCGCGACCACGAAGGCAUCGCCACCAGCGAAGUCGCGGCUGUCGCCCGCGAAGGGGAAGGGGAGGCCGGUCCAUGUCGUGGCGGCGGCGGCGGCGACGGCCGCCCCUCCGCCGGAGUGGGAGAGGGGAGGCGGCGCGGAGGAGAGGGGCGAGCUCGCGAGGCGGCUCGGUGAGGAGGCAAGGCGGUGGUUCCUGGAGUUCGUAGAGCGGUUCCUUGACGCCGACGUGGCGGCAGCUGCGCCAUGGGACCGCGACCGUGCGGCCAGGAUGCUCCCGCAGCUGAAGCGCGUCAACGACUGGCUCAGCGAGAUCGGGAACCCGCCCCCGGUGGAACCUCCGCCCCACGACGCGGGCGACGAGGAGGUCGGCGCCGCAGCGCCCGCCACUGCAUCCAACGGUGUGCCCGAGCAGACGAUAGAACGGCUGAGGAAGAAGAUCUACGAGUACCUCCUCACCAACGUCGACUCGGCCGCCGCCGUGCUCGGCGAGACGUCGCCGGCGGCAAUCGGGAGGAAGGGGUGACCUGGGCUGUGUACAUUUCGUGGUGGCACUAAGGAGGUUUCGUUGGGCCGGGCUUUUUGGAAGCUAAGUUAUUUUUCGUUGGGGCAAGAAGUGUGACCCACUUUUUCUCAAAGAAAAAUAUCUGGCCCAUUUUAUUGCGAUUUUUUUAUAUCUUUGCCUUUUUGUUUUUAAAAGUACACAAGAGAAAAAAAAAGUGGAGAAAGUGGUGGUAAAUGGCAAGGUGUUUUUUCA